CAAAAAUUAAUCAUGUUCUGAACACAGGGAAUAAUAAAAUAUUAAAAUCUAAUCUAAAUCUAACAUGGGACAUGGGAUGAACUUUGCUUCACAGCUCGGCAUGCGAUGCCAUUCGACGCUUGCUGACUGAGGAGGAUUGUUCAUCAGAUCAGAUGCACAUCCACAUCAGAAAGAAUUUCAGAUGAGCGUUCUGAAGGACGGUGGUAUUGCAUGGCGUUCACGAAAAGUGGUGUCAGUAGAGCCCCUUUAGAUAUUCCACUGUCACCGGGUGCCGGAACGUAAUGCAUUCGGAAAAAGGAUCCUCGGCUCGAGAAAAAAUCGAGCGAUGAUUGUCGAGAACGGGGUCCUCCCCUGCUGACCUUCAUUGCGGGUGAUGCUCCUGUGCUGGCGGAUUGCAUAAUUGUUGUUAUUUGUGACCACACUCUCGAGGGACGGAUCUGUUGUGCUCCUUGGGCCGUCACGACCUUGGCGUUUGCCAGCCUCCUGGAAAAAGCGGGCUACAGGGAUUUACGAAUUAUCCGCGAAUCGUCUAUCGUCUCGAGCUUCGAGGUCAACGUGAUUUUACCGGAAUGUAAGAUGGUUUUGUCCGUAGCGAUGCUUUACACGACGAUGCGAUGGCGGAGUCUCUUAUCGGGAAAUUCUGAAACCUGCUACGGGGGAGGAUAUGCUAUUUCGGAGAUGUUUAGAAGGGGGUUCCCUCCAGAGACGUCGGACGAGAAGAGACAAUUGUUGCUUGAUUGUUUGGACUGGGACUGGAAUUGUGCUUUGCUCUUGGACCAGUGCAUGGCUGGUGUGCAUUGGUCCAGCGAUCCCUGAUUCUGCGUGACUCGGAUGCACACCUGUAGCGGUUAAGUUCGUUCUUGUUGAUCCUGCCAUGCGAAGGUUCAUCCCGCGCUGUGACAAGUCGGGCACUUUCAUCCCGACCUCAUAAUAAUUUCGAUCGACUUUGUGACAAUCGCCCCGUUCUUUUGCCAAAGUGUCGACCUUCAUUUUGUGCGAACUGGCGCAGAUGAUGAUUUCUCUCAAACCCUGCAGGCUUGGUAGCAGCAACCACAAUGAUGGCCUUCAUCAUGAACUUUGCUUUCCUUAUUGCUCCUUGCGAUCUGCUAGAAAGCCAGAGCGUAGUGAAGAGAGGGCCUCCGGCGGGGCCGGUGCUAUCUGAGGUGUCGAAAGCGUGUCAUUGCUGUCGCACCUGCUUUCUCCAGGAAAGACAGCACACUGUAACUCGGCAUUGAGAAUGAACAUGUUCAGUUGUUUAGAAAGUCGAAAGGAAGAAUAACUCAGCUAGACUAGCACCUCGAGAAUCACUUUCUGUUAUUCUGCUGUACGAAUAUGACUCUUUCUUCGCUUUUAGUGUUUGAUAAGCAAAAAAUAAUCUUUUUUAUCUGCUCUGCGUAAAGGUGACAGCAUCAUCAGCCUCCAUGCUUCACUGAGAUAUGCCCAAGACUCUGUUCGUCGG